CGCACCCGAUUGAGGAUGGCCGAUAGCUCCUUUAAGUCCGAGCCUCAGGCUUUGCAAGAGCUCAAUGACGAUUUCAAGAAACCAACCCUGCCGGUGCCCCCGGCUGUGCGGGGCAGGGCCCCCGCCACCAGUCCUUCAGACCCUGAGGAGGUGAAGAAGGAAGGGCCCACGGCGCUGCUAGACCCCGAUUCCGUGGAGCCUGACGUCCCGCCAGUGCGGCCGGACAGCGGGGACACCAGGAGUCCACCGGAGGAGCAGCCGCGGCCGCCCACAGCGGCUCCAUCCCCUGGCGGUCCGGCCCGGGCUCCACCGUACCGAGAGCCGCCGUGGGGCGGCCCCGCCACGGCCCCCUACAGCCUAGAGACACUGAAGAGCGGCACCAUCCUUGGCACCUGGAGCUUGAAAGGGACAAGCUACUGCCUUUUCGGGAGGCUGUCUAGCUGCGACGUGUGCCUGGAGCACCCUUCGGUGUCUCGGUACCACGCCGUGCUGCAGCACAGGGUGUCCGGCCUCGAAGGAGAAUGCGACGGCCACGGGCCUGGCUUCUACCUUUACGAUCUGGGAAGCACCCAUGGCACUUUUCUUAACAAAACCCGCAUCCCACCCCGCACCUAUUGUCGCGUCCACGUCGGGCAUGUUCUUCGCUUUGGAGGCAGCACCCGGCUGUUUCUUCUUCAGGGACCAGAGGAAGACCGAGAAGCAGAAUCCGAGUUGACAGUAACGCAAUUGAAAGAAUUGCGCAAGCAGCAACAAAUGAUGUUGGAGAAGAAGAUGCUAGGAGAAGACUCGGAUGAGGAAGAAGAAAUGGAUACCAAUGAAAGGAAGAGAAAUACUAGUAGUCAAGAUGAUGAAAUGGGCUGCACCUGGGGAAUGGGAGAAGAUGCUGUAGAGGACGAGGCUGAAGAGAACCCCAUUGUCUUAGAGUUUCAGCAGGAAAGGGAGGCCUUCUAUAUAAAGGAUCCAAAAAAGGCUCUCCAAGGUUUUUUUGACCGAGAAGGAGAAGAAUUAGAAUAUGAAUUUGAUGAACAGGGGCACAGCACUUGGCUCUGUAGGGUGAGAUUACCUGUGGAUGAUUCAACUGGAAAACAACUGGUAGCUGAGGCCAUUCAUUCGGGAAAGAAAAAAGAAGCAAUGAUCCAGUGUUCACUGGAGGCUUGUCGAAUCCUUGAUACUUUGGGGUUGCUGCGGCAGGAGGCAGUAUCUCGGAAAAGGAAAGCCAAGAACUGGGAGGAUGAAGACUUUUAUGAUAGUGAUGAUGACACAUUUCUUGAUCGGACCGGCCUGGUUGAAAAGAAGCGUCUGAACCGUAUGAAGAAGGCUGGGAAGAUUGAUGAGAAGCCAGAGACGUUUGAAUCAUUGGUUGCAAAGUUAAAUGAUGCUGAAAGGGAACUCUCUGAAAUUUCUGAGAAACUGAAAGCGUCAAGCAAAGCUUUAUCAGAGUCACCAUCUCAGGACUCCUUAGAUGCGUUCAUGUCAGAAAUGAAAUCAGGGAGUGCAUUGGAUGGUGUGUCCCGGAAGAAACUUCACCUGAGAACUUUUGAACUGAGGAAAGAACUACAGAGACUUAAAGGGUUGAUAAAAAUUGUAAAACCAGCAGAGAUUCCAGAACUAAAAAAGACUGAAAGUCAGACUACAGAUGUGGAAAACAAAGCUAAAAAGCUUACGUUGCCUCUCUUUGGUGCCAUGAAAGGAGGAAGCAAAUUCAAAUUAAAAACGGGAACAGUAGGGAAGUUACCUCCCAAACGUCCAGAACUCCCUCCAGCUCUAAUGAGAAUGAAGGAUGAGCCUGAAGUAGAAGAGGAGGAGGAAGAAGAAGAAGAAGAAGAAGAUGUGGAGAAGGAAAAGGAGGAGGAUGAAAAGAAAAAAAUGGAGGCUGAGAGCAGUAGGUUACAGGCGGAGAUAGAGCCAGAAGAAGCAGUACAGGAAGCGAGGCCUCCCACUGAUCUCACAUGUUCUAAAGAAACAAAAAACCAUGAAAACAUGUCUCAACUCAGCCAAGUGCAACAGAAUAAAGAUUAUCAAGAGAUUAGUGAAACAGCUGCAUCAUGUGAGGAACCCUCAGCAUCAAAGAAUGAAUAUGAGAAAAACAGAAAUGAAUUGAAGAAAAAGAAAGCUCCCGGUCCAGGCAAACUUCCAGCAACACUUUCCUCCAGAUAUCCAGAAGAUGACCCAGACUACUGUGUAUGGGUCCCACCUGAAGGCCAAAGUGGAGAUGGCAGGACCCAUCUUAAUGACAAGUAUGGCUAUUGACUGCUUCAGAAUCCUAAAGGAAGACUUGUGGAC